UUCGUGUAUGGGCGCGGUCAAACCGUGCAGGGCAGGGCAAGGUGUGCUUGUAAUACCUCAGACAGCGCCGAUGCUCCGCAGCUGACUGGCUUCUAGUACGAGCCUCCUCUGGAUGUAGUCGAGCAACCCAGACAGUUUACAAAAAAUGACGAGUCUGGAUCCGCUGAAAUCAGCCAUUUCCAUCGGGAAUGUGGAUGACACGUCGCUGGCCCUGCCGUCCGUGAAGCAGUUCAGAUCAGGACAGCAGCGGGUCCUGGAGCAAGUGCAAAGUAUCAAGAGAACCAAGUCCAGACAGUCAAGCAGCAAGAGUGGAUCCACUUCUUUAUCUCCAACAAGCCCUUUGUCUGACAGUGUGUUCUCAGAUGUUUUCAAGUACAGCACACCUAAUGGAAAUGCCCUGUCUGGAAAGAGCUUUUCUAAAACUCUCAGCCAAGAGAAAAACAACAACUGGCAAACAAUCAGCAUCUCCAAGGGAUCCACUGUGAAGAGAAACACAGCAGCAUCUGCUCACUAUGAGCGGAGUUUCGCCCCCGUCGUCUCCAUGGCGGUCGGUAAAACCAACAGCAGCCGCAGUGAGCCUGAUCAGGCCUGGCAGCGCUCCAUGCCAAAACACUCUACUCCUCCGCAGAGAUUGCCUUCCAAAAACAGCACCUACAGGGCAGAUAGGAGUCAGUUUAUAACAAACACCUUGGUCCAGUCUCAGCCUCUGUACACUGUGAACGGCACAGGUCAGACCAGACCCAACUUCCAGGUAGUGUGCGGCCAAAUUAACACGUUGUCCAAAACACCUCCGAAGCCUCCGGUCUUUGAGUGUGCACCCAAGAGCAAAGGAGACUCUGGGUCAAAUGGGAACAGUGGAGUUGCUGACAUCACUAUGAAGGAGGCUGUGGAGUAUCUUUCCAGUGAGGACGAGACUUAUAAGCAUUGUGGCGCCUCCUACAUCCAGCACAACACUUUCAUUGAUGACAAGGCCAAAGAAGAGGUGUUAAAGCUCAACGGGAUCCCUCCCCUGGUCGGUCUGCUGCGUGACCCCAGUCCACACGUCAGCCAGACAGCCUCAGCUGCCCUCCGUAACCUGUCCUUUAAAAACGGUGACAACAAGAAGGAGAUACAGCGCUGCGGUGGCAUCACGGAGGCUGUAGCUCUGCUCAGAGAUGCAAACUCUGUAGAGAUACAGAAACAGCUAACAGGUCUCCUGUGGAAUUUAUCCUCUGCAGACAGCCUGAAGCCAGACCUGCUGAACAGUGCUCUGCCUGUCUUAAUGGAGCGUGUGAUCCUGCCUUACACAACAGGUCCUGACCAGAUCAUCAGUAACAGCCAAGACCCUGAGGUCCUCUUUCACGCCACUGGAUGUCUGAGAAACCUCAGCAGUACAAAGCAAAGCAACAGACAGGCGAUGAGAAAAUGUCGAGGUUUGGUCGACUCUUUGGUCAGUUAUAUGAAAGGCUGUGUGGAAGCAGGCAAACCGGAUGAUAAGUCAGUUGAAAACUGCGUUUGCAUCCUGCACAAUCUGACGUUCCAACUGGAGGCCGAGGCUCCGGCUCUGUUCAGCAGGAUCACAGCUUUGGCCAAGACUUUCAACAGGAGCCAGAGUGGGGGCGACUCUGGCCCCAUCGGCUGCUUCAGUCCACAGAGCAAAACAUCAGAUUACAAGCACCACUUUGACUUCCCAGUUGUUGAGGAUCCACAGCCUACUGGGGCAGGCUGGCUGAUCCACUCCAAAACUCUGCAGAGUUACCUGUCUUUGCUGGGCUCAAGCCAGCAAGAAGAAAUACAGGAGGCCUGUUGUGGAGCACUGCAGAAUCUCACUGCUCAUCAAAGCAUUGUCUCCAGUGUAAUGAGUCAGACCAUUGUGCAGAAACUGAACGGCCUGCAAGUUAUCAGUCCCCUUUUAAAGUCAAACAAAGUCAACUUGCAGAGAAACGCAGUGGCUUUAGUGGGAAACCUGACCCAGAACCCGAACCUGCACAGUGCCAUCGCUCGUAAAGCCAUCCCAGAGCUGCUUGGCAUGCUCAGUGCAGGCACCAAUCAAGGGAACGAAUCUGAUGACACUCUGGCCAUGGCCUGUCAGACUUCCAACUGUCUGCUCAUGAGGGAACCUGAGAUGGGCAGGCGCCUGUUAAACAACAACCUGAUAAACUCACUGAAUGAUCUCAGCAAAAACAGAUAUUUCCCAAAAGCCAGCAAAGCCGCAUCGCUGCUUCUCUACAACCUCUGGUCAGACAAAGACACACAGAGCUUCUUGAAAAAGCAAGGAAUGAGCAAGUCCUCAUUCGUGAAUGACAUCACCACGGCGGCGCACAAGUCGGUUCAAAUCAUCGAUUAACACGACAGCUUCAACAGAUCUCUGAAAGUAAUUUACCGAAGUCAACUCAACUCCAAGUCCACUGCACAUCCACGGGAUGUAUGCACAGCUGAGGCUUACUGAUUUUUUAAAAAUGUAUGCAUGUAUGCAAAUGUAAUGCAUCCAUCAAAAAAAAAUGUAUGCUGUAAGGUUACUUUUUCUUUGUGGGAAAAAAGGUGAAGGUUAAGAUGUAACAUGCAACCAUGUUUUCAUUUGAUUUUAUAGUUUAAUUUCUUUUAAUGUAUGUAUGUAAUCUGAUAAAAAUACAC